AAUUAAAGUGUUACACCAAACACACCAUGUCGGCUGCUGAACACACGAUGGAGUCUGAAUGCAGUGGGCAAAUAGAAAAUAAUCACACUGAAAUGGAAACAGAGAAGAGCUCGGACCCUACCUGUGAUGCUAAACAGGACGUCACCAGCACUAAUGAAAACACAGAUGAUCCUUUUAAGAAACCGGUUAUUUUCGUGGCUCCGUCUCUCACGGUGAAGAAACCAGGAGGAUCAAAGUCAACCAAGAAACCCACAGAAGAAUUAAGCAGCAGCAGGUCAGAGAAUAACGACGCAGAUCUUGAUAUUAAAAACCAACAACCAUCUGCAAAGCCCACAGACACUCAGACAGACCCAUCGGAUCAUCCAUCAUCCGAGAGAUCAGAGGCACAGAAGGUCCAGCCCAAACCAAAAGACAUCAGACCCAAGAUCCCUGCCAAACUACCCCCGGCGGGCAAAUUUCCCCCGCUCCCGUACACUGAGCCCCCGUGGGGGUGUGUUCCUGACAUCAGCUACUCAUUUGAGCUGCUGAAAAAUGGAGCGAUACUAGAUACGGUCCCUCUGACCCAGAGUAGUUACUUCGUGGUGGGUCGGCUGCCGGUGUGUGAUGUGUCUCUGGAGCACCCGUCCAUCUCCCGCUAUCACGCCGUGGUGCAGUACCGGGGCAGAGCUGGGCAGGACGGAGUCGUGGGAGAGGAGAGGGGCUUCUAUGCCUAUGAUUUAGGCAGCACUCAUGGGACUUUUGUGAAUAAGAACAAAAUACCCCCUAAAACAUACAUACGGCUCCGAGUGGGACAUGUUAUAAAGUUUGGGGGAAGCACGAGACUCUUUAUUUUGCAGGGUCCAGAGUUUGACGAAGAAGCAGAAUCUGAGCUGACGGUGACAGAGCUCAGAGAGCGUGCUAGAAAACAGAGAGAAGCCCUGGAGAAGAGGAUGAUGGGUGAUGGCUCAGAUGAGGAGGAAGAGAAAGAGGAGAGUGAAUCCAGUGCUCCAAGGAAAAGCUCCUCAGAAGAUAUUGGCUGUUCUUGGGGAAUUGCUGAAGAGGCAGCGCCAGAAGAUGAUGAGAAUGAGGAGAAUCCAUUUGCCACAGAAUUCCAGGAGGAUCAGGAAGCAGCAUACUUAAAAGAUCCUAAAAAGGCUUUACAGGGCUUCUAUGAUAGAGAAGGAGAAGAACUAGAGUUUGAAUAUGAAGAAAAAGGCCAUGGCACUUGGCUCUGCAGAAUUAAGUUGCCUGUGGAUGAUGCUCUGGGCAGGCAGCUGGUGGCUGAGGUGACCCACUCUGGGAAAAAGAAAGAAGCAGCUGUCCAGUGCUGCUUAGAGGCGUGCCGCAUGCUGGAGGCCCGUGGUCUUCUGAGACAGGAGGCAGUGUCCCGCAAACGCAAGAAGAAGAACUGGGAAGAUGAAGAUUUUUAUGACAGUGAUGAUGACACAUUCCUUGACCGGACAGGUGCGGUGGAGAAGAAACGGAAGGAGCGCAUGAAGAAGGCCGGAAAGAUUCAGGAGCGUCCUGAUACAUAUGAAUCACUGCUAACCAAACUGGCCAAGGUUGAAAAAGAGCUGGCUGACACUGAGAAAAGGCUCAAUUCCUCUGGGAAAGGAGGCUCCAGUUCUUCCACAGAGGAUCCACUGGAUGCUUUCAUGAGCGCAGUACGGAGCGAGGUGGCUCUGGAUGGGGUGGAGAGAAAGAAGCUACAUUUACAUGUAGCUGAGUUGAAGAAGGAAGGUCAGAGACUGCGCAAGCUAGCGGAUCUGGCUAAACCUACCCAGCUGCCCUCAUUACAGCCCGGCGGCUCUAGUCAGUCCACAGACAAUGAGAAACCUAAGAAGCUAUCUCUGCCUAUGUUUGGUGCCAUGAAAGGAGGGAAUAAAUUCAAACUGAAGACUGGAACUAUUGGAACCUUGCCCCCAAAGCGUGCCAAUCUGCCUCCUGAACUCUUCAAUAUGAAGGAAUUGCCCCCUGGUGGUGAGAAAGAGGAAGAAGAAGAGGAGGAGGAGGAAGAGGAGGAGGAAGAAAAAAACAAGAUGAAUAAGGAUGGUGUCACAGACGGUGAUAUGGAGGAUAUUCAGUCUGCAGAGUCAGCCAGCUCAGAACACGCCAGUGCAGACAGAGCUGAAACCCUGACACACCAGCCUAAUGAGAAAGAAGACCAUGAGGACCAGCCUGCUAAGAUAGCUAAAUCUCGUGAAAAAGAAAAAUCCAAGUCAUCCCAACUUCAAAAGAACAAAAGUGACUCUCCUCCAAAAGAAGGAGUAGACAAUGGUGUCUCAAAUGUCCAGAAUCCAAAGACAAGUACAAAGAAGAAAGUUAUGGGCCCAAGCAGGCCUCCUGUGACCAUGUCCAAGCAGUACCCAGAGGACGACCCUGACUACUGCGUUUGGGUUCCUCCAUCAGGUCAGACUGGCGAUGGUCGGACGCAUCUGAACGAUAAGUACGGAUACUAAAUACAGCAAGUGAAGACCGCCUCACUAAAAUGGAAUCAGCCCAUCCAUUCAUCUUAGCCUUUAAGAGUGGACUCUCUGUGUCUUUUUUCCCAACCUCAUACUUCAUCUGCAAACAAGGAACAUUUUGACUCGAGUAGCUCAGAUGAACUGAGAUGUUUCUAGCACUUGGUAAUGGAAACAGUUUGGUCCUGUGACUGAUUUUCACUUCCCUUCGCCCAAUUUUCAUUAAAAUGCAUUCAUUUUCCACACCUGGUCUGGAAUGAAGUUGCCAAGGAUAGUUUUGUGGUAGUUUUGAAGGGAAAAGAUCUGUUUUCAGGAUUGUUUUCAUAGGCACUUACUGACUGGUUCGUCUGCACGCUAGCAUAACAAACAAUUUGAGUCGUCCAGAAAAAUGAAUUUCUCAAACUAUAUUUUGGAGUUUCACUUUUCUGCUUAGCCAAUUGGAAUAUAUUGGCUUUGACAUUGCAUUUGCUUCAAAUGAAUCAUGCCAGUGUCAUGCCAGUCCACUUAUGUUUAAGCACUGCUGUUGUUGACAAAUCUCUACCCACAACUUGCUGUUCUGGGAUCAUUUUAACAGCCUUAAGCAGGCUCAUUGAGCACUCAAUCCGCCGUUCUGGGCCGUUCUCUGAGCAAAGCCGGACUACCUCCUCAGUUUGGCUGAGCGGCCACGCUCCGUAUGGCGAGCGCUCCUGUUGGAUGUGGUUCUGUUGACUGCUAACGAUGCCUCCUCGGAGAGAGGCGGCUUUACCAGCCAUCUGGACACUUGCUUGGCAUUCUAGGAUUGGGAGCAAGCUGUUAAUGAAUCAGUCUGUGCGUGAGCUCUGUGUACAUUAUUUGUGUGUAUAUUCGCUUCUCUUGAUAUUAAUGAAGAGUGACUCAGUGUUGGUGAUGUGCGAGCGUGUGUUGGCGUGUCCAAUGAAGGAUUAGGCCCCCCACGUUCACUACUACGCGCUGGUCUCUCCCUCUGUUUAUCCAACCCUUUUAAUGCUCUUGAAUUCUCCAUUGUUUGGAGAGUGUGAUUAGUCGCAUAGAAAUGGUGUAUUUUGUUACGUAUAUUUUGUAAAAUAAACUUUUUUUUUCCCUGUCUCUCGCCAACAAUGGGGGCUUGUGUUGAGUGUUUGGGGUCUUUUAAAGUUUUAACCCUAUAAAGCCUACUGUAUCAUCA